AUGAAGUGUGAACCCCGGCCGUUUUGGUUUUCACAAACCACAUUCCCGCUAGUCAUAUGCUUCAUUUCUCUUUCCUCGGCGAUACGUGUAUAUUUCAAUACAAAUAAAGGACCCAUUUUACCGUCAAUACCAACCACUACAGUACGUCCUUUGCCACCAUUUCGCGAACCGGCGCCGGUUUGGGAGGACCAAAGCAAUGACAUACCGAAUCCGAAUCCAUACACCUAUAUUUUACCACCACCAUCUCGUCCACGAACAACUGGCAAUAACUUUGCCAACUCAGGGCAAAGGCCAUUGCACUACUACGGUAACCUUUUACUGCCCUCCAAUGUGAAUGCAUUCUACCAAGAGGUCAAUACGAAUGUAGGAGGAGGGAGCUUGGCAGCGAAAUAUAUACCCAAUGUGGGCAUUAGGUACACUGCGGUGGUGGCGCCAACAAGCAACAACAAUCAAUUUAAUCGCAACAACGGUGGCAAUAACUACUUUAGCGUCGACAACAAAUUACAUGGCAAAUAUAAUGAAAAGACGAAAAAGUACAAAGUAUACGAGAAGGUGAAAUACGUGCCACAAAACUAUCAUCCACUCUUUGCAUUGGCACCACCCAUCGAUAAACCUUACAAAUCCGUAUUUAAUCAAGAGCAGUUCAUACGCACCCAACAGCUGCCCCACAUUGAGGCACCCACUGCUUUCCGACCGUUCGACAAAAAAUCUACAGAAGCCGGAAAAUGGUUUGAUACACCAGCAACAACUCCCAAAAUGCCACCAACCACUACCUUAACUGUCAGCUCAACCGUCGGGCAAUCGAAGUUGGCGCACGAGAAGGAUGAAGUGUUGACCAAAAGUCAGUCGCUCCUAACCAAGUCGAUAUUGAAGCUACCGCACGCCUUCUCCACCGCUGCAGUUGGCCCCGCAGCUAACGCGAUUAGUAGUGGGAAGAGCAGGUGAAUGUUUAGCUGGCACCUGACAUCUCAGCUGCUAAAUAGGAGUUACUUGCGCUUUGUUGUCAGCAGCACGAAUAGAAAAUAAUAUGCUUGAGAGCCGCUUAUACCAGAAGGAAAUGUAGCUCAAAUCAAAAGCUGCUUGACACCAAAAUUGAUUGUUUGCUGUUAUAAUGCACCCAUACAUUAGAUAAGAUUGCUUUAUUUGUAAAUUCAACAACUUUCCGCAAUUGUAGUACUCAGUGAAAUAAAUUUAAUUAGUAACUGUUUAAAUGUCCCUUAAGGGCGACCAAAAUUAUUUGUACAUUGUAGGUGCUUUGCCAUAAAUCGAAAAACAAACUUAAACUUUUUAAAAUAAAAGAAAGUUUAUAUACA